GUAGUCUCGGUUUCCAUCUACAUCUUAGCUUCUUAACUGAACUUAGUAGAGAGACUUCCUCUUCACUCGCAUACCUCUCUUCAGGCGUGUUCGACGUUGAUCAUAAUUAAACAACGUUAAUAUGUCAGGAGGUCUAGAAGUGUUGGCCCUCAAAGAGGACGAUGUAACCAAAAUGUUGGCUGCAUGCACUCAUUUAGGUGCAGAAAAUGUUAAUUUUCAGAUGGAACAGUACGUGUAUAAGAAGAGAGUUGACGGUGCUGGCGUAAAUGUUAUCAAUCUUCGUCAUACAUGGGAGAAAUUAUUAUUGGCUGCACGCGCCGUGGUUGCCAUUGAACAUCCCAGUGAAGUUUCAGUUAUUAGCUGCCGACCAGCUGGACAAAGAGCAGUUUUGAAAUUCGCUGCACAUACUGGUGCCACUCCUAUUGCUGGACGUUUUACACCUGGUGCAUUUACCAAUCAGAUCCAGGCUGCUUUCCGUGAACCACGUUUGCUCAUUGUAACUGAUCCGGCUACUGACCAUCAACCUAUUACUGAGGCCAGUUACGUAAAUAUUCCUGUUAUUGCAUUUUGCAAUACCGAUUCGCCUCUACGUUUUGUCGAUAUUGCUAUCCCUUGUAAUACCAAGAGUUUCCACAGCGUUGGUCUCAUGUGGUGGCUUCUUGCUAGAGAAGUUCUACGACUAAGAGGUUCAAUCCCACGUGAAACCAAAUGGGAUGUUGUUGUUGAUUUAUUCUUUUACAGAGAUCCGGAAGAGGCUGAAAAAGAAGAACAAGCGGCCAAAGAAAUUGCACCAGCUAAAGAAUUCGUCGCUCCUGUUGAGCCAGCAGCUGCAGCUGAACCUGGUUGGGCUAAUGAAGUCGAUACUGAUGCCGUUCCAACUGAAAGUUGGGCUGAUGAAGUUGCAGCACCAGCUCCAACACCAAUUCCAGCUGCUGCUGCUGCUGCACCAGCAUUCCAAGCUGGCGGUGAUUGGGCAUCCCAGGCUCCAGAAGAAUGGUCCACUACACCAACUGCUGCUGUUCAAAGUUGGGGAGGUGCAACCACUGAAAAAUGGUAAUUGCGUCCUCUUUGAACCAAACAUGAUUUUUAAUUCACUUUGUACAAAAUUUCAAUAAAGUGAUGAAAAUAUGUUUUUAUUUUA